GUGUGCGCCGUUUGUCUCGGGCGACACAAUCACUCCUUCAUCGAGUGCCCCGCAGAUCGUCUGUGGGACAACUUUUAUCCCACCGUCAGCAAACGCGUUGCCAAACAGCUCCUCAUUCGCAGUUCCGACAAGCCACUUUGCAUGGAUUGGCAACAAGGAAAAAGUUGCCCUGCGCGAUCACAUGACGAAAAGCAUCUGUGCUCGGGCUGCUUAUCCCUCUCCCACGGAGCUCAGUCGUGU